CGGAGGGGCGCUGAGGGCGCGGCGCCGUCCGUUCGAACCCGAACCCGGAGCGGCCGUUCCCGGAGCCCCGAGCGGCGCGGGUUCUGCCGCGACAGCCGCCGUCAAACAGAGGUUUCUCCAAGAAGAGCCACCCGUUCCUGCCGAAAAUAUUUCGAAAGAUGUCCGCUCAGUCGGCCAAAGAAAGGCCCGAGAGCCUGCGGUUCCCUUUCCUCGAUGACGAAGAUACCAUCGCCACGCUCAAAGAGUCCAGAACCUUCUUCAUCCUGCGAGGCCUCCCCGGCAGUGGGAAAUCCACGCUGGCCCAGGCGAUCCAGGAGCGCUACAAGGACGGCUGCAAAGUCGUCGCCGCUGAGAGCUACAAAAUCACACCUGCCAUAAGAAGCGCCGUGCCUGAAGAAUACGCCAAAGUCGAUGAGGAAUUAGUUGAGUAUUGCAAACGAGACAUCAGCGUUAUCGUUUUGGACGACACUCACCACGAAAGGGAACGACUGGACCAAAUCUUUGACAUUGCUGACAAAUACCGCUACAAAGUCAUCUUUGCGGAGCCCAAAACCCAGUGGAGGAUGGAUUGCUCGCAGCUUAAGGAUAAGAAUCAGUGGAAACUGACGGUGGAAGACCUGAAGAAGAUGAAGCCCAGUUUGGAGAAGGAGUUCCUCCCCAUGUAUUUCGGGUGGUUUUUGAGCAAAAGAAGCUCUGAGAUCCUGAGGAAGGCCGGCCAGGUGUUCUUAGAUGAGCUGGGAAGCCUCAAAGCCUUCAAAAAGGAGAGCAAAUUCUUCACUUCUGAAGAUCCCAAAAUAAAAAUAGAUCUCACCAGCUACUUUGUGAAGAGGCCGCCCGGGGUCUUGCACUGCACCACCAAAUACACCGACUUCGGGAAGGCAGCGGGGGCUGAGGAUUACGCACAGCAGGAGGCUGUGAGGGCUUCCUACGGCAAGGGCUUCACUCUGUCCAUUUCUGGUCUGUUUGUCACAACCAAAACUGUCGGUGCUCGCGUGGAGCUGAGCGAACAGCAGCUGCUGCUGUGGCCCGGGGACGCCGAUAAGAUCCAGGCAGCCGACAGCCUCCCGAAGGGCAGCCGCGCUCACAUCACCCUCGGCUGCGCCAGCGGCGUCGAAGCCGUGCAAACCGGGCUGGAUCUGCUGGAGUUCGUGAAACUGGAAAAGGCGGGGAGCAAAGGGGAGGAAGUGGGGGAAAUUGGGGGAGGGAAACUGCAGUAUUUUGGUAACGGGAUGUGGAUGCUCGUCCUGUCUAAAAAGAUCGACGUGAGGGCGAUUUUCUCGGGUUACUACGGGAAGGGAAAACUGGUGCCUACACAGAGCACCAACAAACGGGGCUCUGCGUUCAGUUCCUGCACCAUCAUCUAAGAGCACGGGCAGGCGUCGCCCCCGCUGGUUUUUAAAAGGAAAGUAACUCGGUAACCUUUAAAACUGUAAAGAGAAAUAAUUCUGCCUUUACUAAGCAAGCCCUUCUGCCAACCUCAGACCGAAACAUCUCUGGGGAGGCAUUUAUUGGCCUCGGUAGAAAACAAGCAGCUCCAGGAGAGCUGUCACAUAACCCUCGGUAACCAAAGCACUGCUGAGCAUUUCUGAUGGGAGAGUUUGGGGAGAACCAGCUCUCGUGGGGCCCUGCUUGUUUUCUUCCUCAGAGGAGGAUCUCCUGUUGUCUUUUAUAACUUCCCUAUGAGCCACAAUCGUUACAUCUGUACACGUCAGCGCUCCACAGCUGAGCGGUGGCAGAACAGAGCCUGUACAGAACUGCUCUGAGGCCCAGUGAGCUGCAUAACGGACAGACGGACAAACAGCAGGAGUGCUGCAUUCGUGUGAAAACCAGACCCCUUCUGUCCAGUGCAGCAGCUCCCGGCCGCUCUGCCCUUUAGGGGUCGUGCGGCAGCCGCCGGAGCCACGCGUAUCCUUCCCCAUUGCGCUGCUGGCGCGCAGAGCUUUCAGUGCAGAGAAGGGCUGUGCUGAUGGGCUCCACGUCUGUGAGCCAAACACUGCAGACAUGGGGAGAAAAUCACAGCAAGGAAACAGCUUUGAGGAGCUGCAUUCGGUUCCUGUAACGGCUCCAGUUGCUCAGGAUGGGCUGCAUUCAAUUCUGCCAGCACCACCGUCCUGUAGGGAGCAAUCCUGCCUUGGCGGGGAAUGGAAGAGAUGAACUAAUGUCUUUUCCAUCUUAUUUUGUAGACAUUAAAUCGUAUCUGAAAUACAGAACUGUACUUCAAGCAAGAUUUUACUAGCUUUAGCUAAUGCACUGAACGUAGGCUGGAAGUAACACUGUAAUUUAGGAAGUAAAGGGAGGUAUUGUAACUGCGUAACUCAAGUCUGCUCCAACCCCGAUCGUGGGCUGGAGAGAAGUUAAUGAUCGAGCGCUGCUGUUAUUAAGCCUGUUUUAUUAAAGCUGAUGUUUCUGCUCUUAGAUCGUUUGCCAGCCCGCAGACCCGCGCUCACUACUUCAUAACACAAAUCUCAACUAACAGACCCAGGUCAGGACAGCAGCCCCAACUCCUGCCACGGCUCUGCGCCUGGUGAGCUGCAUUGUGCUUAACCCACCGUUAAUAAAUGUAAACUCUCGCUGUGUUCCCCACCUGUGUGCUGGGUUCAUGUCUGUAAAGGGCUCAGCGCUGGGAGAAGCAUUCCUCCUCCUCAGAACAGCAGCAAGGAGCGCUAUGGGAGAGCACAGGCAGUGCUGUGCGAGUUCAGCAGUGAGAGAAAGCACUGCCUGCUUUGGAGGACGGCAAUGGAUUCCCAUUCUAACGCCACCCAAAGAAUCCACGUCUGCACCCUGAGUUCCAUCCGCUCCUCCCUUCCCACAGCUGAGCGCAGGCAGCUGCACCAGGAGCGCUGUGAGCCCCGGUCUCCCAUCCCACCUCACAGCACGCAGCCAGCAGCUCCUGGCAGCACACAGAGCUGCUCUGCUCCCCCCGCCUGCAGAGCCGCGCUAAGAACAACAGCAACGCCGUCCUCAUCGACCUUUUUAUUAGUUUGUACAUCAUAUACAGUUUAUAAUAAAGUAAACCAAUUGCA